AUGAAGGUCUCUGUCAACGCCAUCCUCGCCGCCUCGGCCGUCUUCAUGGGCGCUCUUGCCGCUCCUACUGGUGCUCAGGCUGGCCAGACCUCUAACCAGGUCGGCCAGACCUCCUCCAACCAGGCCUCCUCCAACCAAGCCGGCCAGACCACCUCCAACAAGGUGGCCACGUCCUCCACCCAGUCGACCUCCUCGACCUCGGCCAGCGACGUCCUGAGCAGCUGCGCCAGCCAGAUCAAGGUCUACACUGCCAACAUCAACUCGACCUGCUCCGCUCUUCCGGACUCGCCUUCCUCCACCGAGAAGACGGCUGCCAUCGCCGCGAUCAAGACUGAGCUCAACGACAUCGUCGACAUCAUCACCUCGACCACCACCAAGGUCGGCAAGUGCAGCAAGACCAACGUCCAGAAGCAGCCCCUCAUCAACCACUCCGAGGAGAUUCUCUUCGAGGUCUUCGGCACCCUCCAGGGCGCCGUCAACAAGAUCGGCUCCAACACCCUCAAGUCUCUCGGCAACGCUGUUACCAGCGUCGACAACGGUCUUUCUUCUCUCCUGGUCAACGUCGAGGAGGUCCACUCCGGCGUCGUCAAGGCUGCUUGGGGCGCCUGCAACAACAUCAUCUCCACCCACUUCUCCGCCGUCGCUCAGCCCAUUCUCGCUGUUGGCACCACCCUCAGCAGCGAGUGCAGCUGCACCCACUAA